UUUCUUCAUUUCCACGAACCUUCUCGCCUCUUUCCUCCUUGACUUCGUUUCCAAAACCCUUCAAAUUCCCAUAAGAAACUCAUCUUUCACUCAUUGUCUCUUCCAUUAAACCAUCGUUUCUCAACUUCAUCGAUCGGAUAGCUUCUGAAAUCAAGAAAUCAGAUCCGUAGAUUGUCUGUAAAACUUUCAUCCAAUGGCUGGUAUGCUACCUGGAGUCGAAACAGCUAGGAGGAGGAGGUUACGUGGAUGGUGUGAUUCAUCGUCUGUCAUCGGCUCUAGUUUUGGAUCCAUGAGGAGUAGACUUUCUCAUGAUACCCAUCUCACCCACGAUUCAUUUUUGGAAAGAAAUCAAUCCGAUGAAGAUGAUAAUUUAGGAGGAGCAGCCAGAGAAGCGAAAGAGAGGCUGAACGGGAGGCUGAGAGGCCAUCUGAAAUCAGAAAUCAGAAGGCAAAAGAGUCAAGAAAGUGUUGGUGGUUAUGGGGGAAGGUCAAAUACUACUACUAUGGUGAUGGAAAAUUUGCAAAUGGAUGUUUUUGGAUUGAAAAAAAGUGGAUCAAAGAGGUUUAGUUUGGGAAGAAUUGGGUUGAUUUGGAAGUUAUCGAACCAAGACUGCAUGCAAUUUGCUUAGACGCCAUCACGCCCUCGUGUUGCUCCUGAAUCUCGUACACGGGUGAUUAGCAUUAUUAGACAUGAGAGCUCCAAACGUCCUCAAUCGUGUUUCUUGAAACUGUUCUUUUUUUCAUUAGCAUCGAACUCUUGAGGAAUUGGUUGUUCAUAUAUGUAAAGUUUUUUUUUUUAUGACAAUCCUCAAGUUGUGAUACUAACCGAUGAAAUUCGUCGUAGUGCGCUUUUCGUUCUCAAAGGAUGGUUCGUUUGGUGUUUUUGUUUGCGUUGUCUAUUUAUGCUAUUGGUAACUUAUGAU